CCCCCGCCAAAAUCUGCCCGGUCUUUGUUUUCUACCUUUGAGCAGGUCUACAUCCUGCAGUUUCUUCGCGCACAAAGCUUGACAAGACCGUGCCACCUUUCUCCUACGUCCCUCGGCCUGAAUUACACCCCAUUUGCUUAAAAACAUCACGUCGCCCUUGUCCUGCUUCGGCCUUUAUUUAAAUACGCCCACCAACCAUCACCCACACCGCAACCUCACCAGGUCAACUUCACCAUGGCCGACCUCGCCAGCCGCAUCACAAAACCCGAGGACAAGCCCGCAGAUGCGGCCCCUGAAACUGCUGCGGACGCUCCUGCAGAUGCCCCGAUCGAGACUGGUCUGCAAGAGCCCGAGUGGGAUGUCGAAGUCUCGCUCAGCGAAUUGCAGAACAACGAAGCUACGCCUUUCCACUCUGCCACAACCUGGAAGGACCUUGGCCUAUCCGAGGAUAUCCUCAAGGGUCUCCUGGCUCUCAACUUCUUGAAGCCUUCGAAGGUCCAAGGCAAGUCGUUGCCACUCAUGCUCAGCGACCCUCCGAGGAACAUAUUGGCUCAGUCGCAAUCUGGAACCGGAAAGACCGCUGCUUUCGUUACUGCCAUCUUAUCCCGCGUCGACUUCACGAAACCCGAUGUUCCCCAGGCACUGGCCCUUGCCCCCAGUCGUGAAUUGGCUCGCCAAAUCGAAGGCGUCAUUAACGCAAUCGGCCGAUUCAUUGAGAACCUUAAGGUAGCCCCAGCCGUUCCUGGUGCACUUCCCAGAGACGAACCUGUCAAGUCUGCUAUUAUUGUUGGCACCCCAGGCACUGUAAUGGAUAUUAUUCGACGCAAACAGCUUGAUUCCUCCACCUUGAAGGUGCUUGUUCUCGACGAAGCAGACAACAUGUUGGAUCAACAGGGUCUCGGUGACCAGUGCAUGCGAGUCAAAGGAAUGCUGCCUAAGGAUAUUCAGACUCUUCUAUUCUCCGCCACGUUUCCCGAUAAAGUUAACAACUACGCCGGAAAGUUUGCCCCCAAUGCCCACACUAUCAAGCUCCAGCGCAGCGAGUUGACUGUCAAGGGCAUCUCGCAAAUGUUCAUCGACUGCCCUGAUGACAAGACAAAGUACGACGUCCUGUGCAAGCUCUAUGGUCUGAUGACUAUUGGCCAGUCCGUCAUUUUCGUCAAGACCCGUGAGAGCGCGAACGAGAUCCAGCGCCGCAUGGUUGCAGACGGUCACAAGGUCUCUGCUCUGCACGCCGCAUUGGAGGGAGCCGAGCGUGAUGUCCUUCUUUCUAAGUUCCGAACCGGCGAGAACAAAGUCCUCAUCGCCACCAACGUUUUGGCGCGAGGCAUUGACGUUUCCAGUGUUUCAAUGGUCAUCAACUACGAUAUCCCCAUGAAGGGCCGCAACGACGAAGAGCCUGACGCCGAGACAUAUCUGCACCGUAUCGGACGAACUGGACGAUUCGGCCGAGUUGGCGUCAGUAUCAGCUUCAUCUACGACAAGAAGAGUUUCGAUGCGCUGAGCAAGAUUGCUGAUAUGUAUGGCAUUGACCUUGUUCAGCUGGAGACGGACGACUGGGAUGAGGCCGAGGCAAGAGUGAAGGAAGUUAUCAAGCACAACAGAGCGCAGGCCAGCUACGCCCCAAGCGCCACUGACAACCAGGGCAAGGCUGUUUAGGAGGAGCCUGGUCAAGAAUGGCGGUUAUACCAGGCAGUGAUUUGGUAAAGAGAAACAUUGCGAAGAACACUAUGACGGAUACACCAAGCAAAUCAUGUUGAUUGAAUAAAUUGGAGAAAAGGAAGGCAGAUAGCGAGACAGCUAGGACUUGAAUCCGGCAAGCGCACGCGACGACGUCCAUGAUUGGGGCGCGUGCAGAGAUACCAUAAAAAGAAGAGACAUGCAGUACUAGAGACGAUUCAGCAUUAACUUCCAGAUGUAGACGAAAUGUGAAAAUUUAUUGUGCCGU